GGCGAAGUCGUGAUCACAGACCACAAAGUGGUGCCUAAUGAAGCACAGUUGGCAUUUGACUAUGAGACUGUUUCAUCAGACAUUCCUCCAGUCAAGAAAGCCAAGCUCUCACACUCUGGCGUCAGUACUGACAGUAAUGCGGAGAAGCUGAGUGGUCGGUAUGAACCCCAUGUUGUCCUGAGUAGAGAAAGUCUGGUCAGACUGCUGGACAACCACGGUCCGGACUUCACUGAUCCCUGGGAGUUACCUGUAGUGGUCAAAACCAACCCUGGGAGAGGCAGUAGCCAGAGUAAGACGGUGUACAUCGACCCUCCACUGCUGCAGACAGAGAUGACUGUGAGAGAGAGGAGUCUGCUGUUCCAUGAGGAGAGCAUGAAGCUGUCAGUCAACAAGACUGGAACCAAGAAUGUCUUCCAACUCAUGACUGAGACUCCAGCUAUAAACAAACAACUAUCCGCUGAGAGCUCCCAGAGGAUGCUGGUGUCGUUUGAGACUUCUGGUCUGGACUUUGGACUGGAUCUCACAGACCUAGAAACGUUUGGAGAAACGACUCAGUCCCCCAAGAGGCUGAAGACCCAUAAUCUACAGAAAGACUCGGUCAGUCAGCCUCAAACCAAGUCUAAACAGUGCAGUGGGGCCCUGGUUAAGGAGGUAUCUAAGGCCAGCAGAACUCAGGACGAAGAGGUGAACUUAUGGACAAACACGAAGGUGGUUUCAGAGACAGAGGGGAGAGAGCGGAGGAGCUCUGCUGAACAAUCAUUGACUGCUACUGUCCCUUCAGCCAAUCAGCUGAAACCUGGCUCUGUACAGGAGGAGCAGGUAUCCUCCGGUGGAGACUCAGAAGACGAGCGCCUGGUGAUUGAUGACCCUGUAAUCCCAGUCUCCACCACCAACAGGUUACCCCCAACCACGGUGACCCAACUCUCCCCAACACAUCAACAUGACACCCCCCGAUCCCCCUCUGCCUCCUCACCACCACCCCUCGCCACUGGGACAAGGAGAGUGGCCAGGAAGGCUAAGGUACCAGGAGGCUGUGACCAGCUGGGUCAGAUCCUAGCCAUGCAGAAGGCCAUGCUCAAACCCUCUAACACCCAGGAUCCAGCCAGACCCUGCUCCUUCCAGCCUGCAGAACCCCUCUCCAACCCAAACCCCCAGUCGCUGGUGAAGCCCUGUGUGUCCAACUACCUGGAGAGUACCCAGGAUGGAGAGACGUAUGUCGACGCCCCUUCUCAAUCUGGACCAAUAGACAACAGGAAGACUGUACAACAAAAACGGCUGCUGUGUGAUGAUCUCAUGGGGGGGGCUGAGGAUGAGAAGGACUAUUCAUCUCCAGAGGAAGGAAACCUGCUGUAUAAACUGUACGGUCUACAGGACCUGCUGCUGCUGGUGCGGAGUGACGUCUGUCUGGCACACACUCGCAGGCUGGGCACCAGCAGCAAG